UAUUCCAGGUGUCUGUCUUCACCCGGUGCACUCAGGACCAUGAAAUUCAGACCACGAUUUUUCCUAUUUAUAUUUCUACAUUUUCUUACGGUCACGGAAUGCAAGCUGCCAUCAGUAAAGACGAUUUACGAUAUAAGGAAGUUCUUGUGGACAAAGGGGCCUAUAUGGACCUUCAUGACAACAGGAAGCACACACUGCUUAUGUCAAGAGGAUGUGACUCAAUAUAUUGACGAAACCAAAAUUUUGUACACGCAUUUCUACCUCAGUCCUGGACGCACAAGGAAGCACACCCGAAUGAGUGGAUCGUUUCCUAAAAAAAACUGCAUGAUUGCGCAGCCUUACGGUUCUUCGAGCCAAGUAACACACAAAGUUAUAUAUUACAAUCACAUUUUUAAGUGUGCUGUGGUGAAAGUCUCCUCAAUGAUUUCUCCUGGAGGAAACAUGAAUAUUCUUGAUCUGCGCGUUUGGAACUCAUCCGACAUAAAAACCUCGGUCGAACGUUGCCUCCCUGUGUUCAGGAAGAAAACGACGAGAGGCCACAUCGUUUACAAAGACUUUUGUCAGCGACAGCUUGAUGAAACGCGGCCGUCGCAAGACCAGGAUCUACAGGGAAGAGGAGACCCACAAGACUUCGUUUGCCGCUAUUAUGGAUAAUCUCUGAAGGGCAAAAUCGCAAGCACACAAGACACUCCACGAGGCCAUGAGGAGACAUGCAUGCAAAUACAACACGUUGGACUCACCCUUAAGGUUAUCUUUACUGCAUCGAGUAAUCGUAACUCGCGUAGCAAAAGGAUAACGUAGCAGGACUAAUUAAAAAACAAAUAAAAACAUCCAAU